CACCUUCUUUUCCAUUUCGUGGUGAUUCAAUCCUCUCUCUCUCUCUUCACUCUCACUUCCACCACAAUCAGUCCGUACCAAACCACGAUUCAACGUUCGUGCAUCAAUCACGUUGCAACCGUCUACCAUCGCUAUCCCUAGGACUUCAGUCGUUAUCGACCCAUUGAUCCAGCCUUGAAGAACAAUCUUCCAAACAACAUCAUCCACAACGGCCUUGCAGCCUGCGAACGUUACAGGACCAGCAACAUGCAGUUCAUCAUCGUGGCUGUGGGCGCCUUUGCCGCUCUCGCCGCUGCCGACCAAACCGUCACCGUCACCGUACCAAACUCAGACUGCGUUGCCAGUGAGUGUCAAUCGGCGAGGAAAGCGUUUGUCCCAAGCACAAGAAAUCGCACAUCAUCUGUCCGGUCCCAAGCAUCAUCACAUCGCUCAUCAUACUCAUCACUACCCUCACAAACGACCACCAAUGCCCUGAGUGUGCUGUAUUCUGCGUUGCUUCCAACGUUGUCAUCAUUGGCGCCAGCCAGCACCGAGAACAUCACAUCUGUCUCGCCAGAGACAAUACCAACACAACACCUGCCCACCACGACUUCCCAGCCGACGACGACCAAUGCGUUGAGUGUGCUGUACUCGGCAUACACUGCAACGACGUUGUCGUCACCGCUCACAUCAUCAGUAUCAUUAUCUUUGCCCACAAGGUCUACGCCAUCAGCGACAUCUCCAAGUGUGACCCGUACUGUGUCAUCACCACCAUCAUCAUGGCCUCGUCCAACUCUCACCGCCACCACCAAUGCCCUGAGUGUGCUUGAAUCUGCCCUCACCCCAACGGCAUCUCUCAAUCGGACAGCUCCCACCACUACCAAUGCACUGAGCAUAUUAUACUCUGCACUGACUAUUCCUAUCACCCUCAACCUCACAUCCGCCACAGUCCCCGUUGUCCCGUACCCGGUGACCACCGUGUCUCCUCCUGGCUACUCCCAGCUGACGACCACCGCUGUCUCAGUCGAAACCACUCCGUCUCCCUCAACCGCUGGUCCCGUCGAGACCACCUCCGGCGCUCCUCCCGGAACUAGCUACCCUGCCUCGACCCCUCCCGGUACCGAGACGGUUCCAUCUGCAAGCUCCCCUACCGGCAACGGCGGCACCACGACUCCUCCCGGCACCGAGACGGCUCCAUCUGCGACUUCUCCUACCGGCUAUGGCGGCACCUCUCCUACCGGCAGCGGCCUGACCACCCUCACCUCCGGCGGCAGCACCCUCGUCAGCCCGACCACUGCCAGCCAGGGUCCCACCGGCGAGUACCAGCCUCCGGCCGCCACGACCACCGCUGCCCCUCCCGCUGCUGCCGGCAACGGCGUGCAGAACUUCCCGAACCUCAUGGGUCUCGGGGCGGUCGCCCUCGCGGCCCUGAUCGUCGUCUGAUCGGCGUGAAGGGAAACCCGGUCAAGCCGACAAUGUCCAGAUCUCCAUCGGCGACGAGGACAUGCUUGACCCUCUCCCCUUCGUCUUCUCUUCUCGUUUCAUUUUCCUUCACUUUCCUUGAUGACGAAUUUCUCCACUUUUCUCUUUCACGCUCGAUCAACGAGUCACGCCUAGGGU